CAAGGACAAUCAGAGAGGGAUCGAUAUUUUCCCGAUCUCACAUUCCAUUAGGGUCAUGGAUGGCGAUUAUGCACAGCUUGUCUCAAGGUUUACGGAGGAGGCAAGUGGACAUGAUUGAGGAUGGCAUUUGUGGAAGCAGCAAGACGCUCACAAGGGUCACAACAAAGCUGCGGAAUGUGUGCAAUGCGGGGAUAAAAAGACUCGAGAGGAGAGGACAAAUGCGCAUUGGAGGGAGGAGAGCAUUUGUUGCAAUCGACGAAAGUAAAUUUCGCCACAAAAGAAAGUAUGGACGUGGUCGAAGAGGUCCCACCUGGAGGAGACGCUCAUGGGUAUUCGGCAUGAUAGAGGUGAAGAGAUCUCGCCGCCGGCCCAUCCUGAAAUUGGUGGAAAAUCGAUCAAGGGAGCGACUUCUUCCGAUUAUCGAAAAAUAUGUCCGACCUGGAAGUAAGGUCAUCAGCGAUUCUUGGAGGGCCUAUAACAACUUGUCGCAUAAUGGCUAUAUUCACUACCAAGUGAAUCACCAUCGGCAUUAUGUGCACCCAGAUACAGGUGCACAUACUCAGCAUAUUGAGAGGGCAUGGAGGACCUAUAAGGAGAAUGUGUACAGAUAUAGGGGAAACUUGACGGAAAAAUCUUUGAAAAUGAACUUGCAGUUCAUCGAAUGGAACCACUGGUUGGCCAAAGACUACCGUAAGGGUACACUGGGGCGCAUGUUUAAGGACAUACGGGCGUGUUAUAGGAUGUAG